CAGGUGGCCAGUGCACGGCUUCCAAAAUUUCAUGCAGCAGCGUCUAUGACGUGAAAUUCCGUCUUUCCAGUGUUUUUUUUACCCGUUUUUUUUUCUUCGUAAUUUUUUUUGUUCUUUUUUUCUCACUAUUUUUUUACCGGCCUGGAUCCAUCUUUACUCACCAUCGCUGCUGCUCUCCGUUGCUGACGUUGGGGGCCCUCCUGUCUUCCCGGUGGGUUUGUCAACUUUGCCACCCUGCUGACUGACUUUACUCCUGCCACAGUGUUCACGGAGGAAGGGCUGUUUUUUUUUUAUUCCCUUCUACACCUCCAAGGUGACCAAGGCCAGCCGCUGUUAUAUCAAGAUUCCUGGCGAGACUGAAAGCAGCAGACCAAACUACUGAACGGGAACAGUGAGGGCCUGAACCAACGGAGCACGCUGGAACAAUACGAAGCCAUGGAAGGCGACGGAGGCAACAGCCAGACAAACCUCAUCAUCAACUACCUUCCCCAGGGCCUGACGGACGAGGAGUUCCGCAGCCUUUUCACCAGCAUCGGUCCCAUUAAGUCAUCGAAGAUAGUGCGCCACAAGGCAACCGGCUACAGCUACGGCUUUGGAUUUGUAGACUAUCAGGGAGCAGGCGACGCAGCUCGCGCAGUUGAGUCGCUCAAUGGCCUGCAGUUGCAGAACAAGAAGAUCAAGGUGGCAUACGCCAGGCCGGGUGGUGAGACCAUCAAGCACGCCAACCUCUACAUUCGCGGCAUCCCCAAGCACUUCCCCCCUGAGCAGGCUGAAAAGCUGUUUGCAGACUUCGGCCGGCUGAUUCAGUUUCGAGUGCUCAAGGACGACGCCGGACAGAGCAACAAGGGCGUGGCGUUUGCGCUGUACGAUCUGCGUGAGAAUGCCGAGGCUGCUAUGGCGGCACUGACCGGCCAGACGCUUCCAGGCGCCACCGAGCCACUUCUGAUCAAGUUCGCCGAAGACAACUCCAAGAAGCUGCGACCUCCGGGAGGCCGGGGGCCCCAGGGUCAGCUGAUUGGGCCCCCGAGCGCUGGCGGCGGAGGCCCCAUGCGCGGCGCCCAGGGUCGUUACCGUUACAACCCAUUGACGGGUUCCUACCAGUACCCGAUGCAAGGCAUGGCACCUGCUCCCACAGCGGCCGAUGCAGCUGGGCACGUACUCUUUGUCUACAACAUUGGGACCGAUACGGACGAAAAGUCGCUGUGGCAACUCUUUGCCCAGUAUGGCACGGUGACCAAGGUGAACAUCAUCCGCGACACAGCCACGGGCCUGUCCAAAGGCUUUGGCUUUGUCACCAUGGCCAACUACCAGGACUGUGUGUGGGCCAUCGAGGCCUUAAAUGGGUUCCGCUAUGCGGGUCGACCGCUGCAAGUCUCCUUCAAGCAGCCCAAGUAGAAGUGAUCGUUGUGCUGGCAGUGGUCAUCAGUGGACGGUUGCAAGGGGCAUCGACCGCAGUUCUGCAAGUCAGUUCGUGUACCUUAAUUUUAAUGGUAGCCACCCUGGUUGUUUUGAAAAGUCAUUCCGAACUGUUUGCAGGACUCUGGGGUGCUCGCUCUUCUUGCAACUCGAUAACCAUGUCCACGUCUUGUUGGUGACUGGCAGUGUUACGUGCCUCCCUCAUAUGUUUUGUUUUUUUCCUCUUAUUCAUUGUUGAAUUGUUUUUCCGAGAACCACUCUGGAUUGGCUUAACGCUGCCACAUAUCGCCUGUGUGCUAUGAAGAAUAUGGCUGGCCGCCUCUAGGGACUGGUAGCGUUUUGGGGGGAUGGUCUUGAGUGUGCAGUCAUGUUUUUUUUUUCUUUUUCUGCCUAUGAAUAUUGGUUUAUUUGGCAUGAACCCGACUGGUCUGCUCCAUCUUGUCUUGCUCAAGAAAAUUUGCAUUGACAGCAGAGCGGACAGACUGUUUGCCCCCUUCAGCUUGUGGGUACUGUGAGACAUUGUUGCAUUCUUUUUUUUCUGAUCUUUUUUUUUUCUGUUUUGAUCUUUUAUUAGUGCGAGAGUGUGUGUGGUUGUUCAUACCUUUUUUUUUUUCAUCUGUGCAUGCACCGAGUUAGCAAUGAUCAUGUGAAUUUUCUUGCUUAACUGAACUUGGGAAAACAUGUAUUUUUUUCUUUGUUUAGCUUUCCCUGUGUUCAAAGCAGGCAUGAGCCAUUGAGGUUGCUGUCGUUUCAUUCUUUUUUUUUUCUAUCUCUCUUUGUUAUUGCUUUUCACAUCUGUUGACCAUUGUUAUGAUCUUCAAAGGGACAUCUGUCUUGGCAUCGAACAUUGUGGGCGUACGGGUCCACCUUAGCGUGACUUUCAUAGUUUCAUUUUUUCAUAUAUUUUUCUUGUUAUGUCAUUUUGCACAGUCAGCUUUAUUUUAUUCUCCUGGUUGGAAGAGACAUUUCUAAUUGUCUACAUGAGAACGUAUUACCAAUGUAUCCUGAAUAUCCGUGCAUCAGCUGAGAAUGCUCCUCUGCCACCCCGUCUUGAGCGAUCGUGAAGAUUAUUGACUAAUAAAGGCUCCUCAGCACUGAGCUGACUCAA